UGAACGUGAUUACGUCGGUCAGGCUUUGCGUGGUUGUUGUACAAGCAUGAGGCGCAUACCCAGUUGCAGAACAUUGAAGAAUAUCAGUGAAAUAGGUCAAUACUUUCAUCCCCAUGCCUCUUUGACAGCUUGCUGUCGAGCCUUAUUUUCUCGAUCCUUUUGCACGAAAUCUACGAGUGAUUCUACAGCCAUGGAUCUCAGUGGUAUGCGGAAAAAAUACAAAGGAGACGAAGAGUGCUUUGAGGAGAAUCAGCUCGUGUCUCUGGACCCCAUCAAGCAGUUUGGAGAUUGGUUUGAUCAAGCCACAAAAUGUCCUGAAAUUGGAGAGCCCAAUGCAAUGUGCAUCGCCACAUCCACUAAAGAAGGACGUCCAUCUGCUCGUAUGGUCUUGUUAAAAGGCUACAGCGAUGAAGGCUUCUGCUUCUUUACCAACUACGAGAGCCGGAAAGGUGGAGAGCUGGAGAGCAACCCUUACGCAUGUCUGUGUUUUUACUGGGAGCCCAUCAACAGGCAGAUCCGUAUCGAGGGCAAUGUGGAGAGAAUCCCCUACCAGAGCUCCUGUGACUACUUCCACUCCCGGCCCAAGAGUAGCCAGAUCGGGGCCAUUGUGAGCAGACAAAGCACUGCCGUCCCUGACAGAAAUUACCUGAGACAGAAAAAUGUGGAGCUGGAGGAAAAGUACAAGGACACAGAUGUCCCAAUGCCUGACUAUUGGGGAGGCUAUAUCGUCAAGCCUUACAUGAUAGAGUUCUGGCAGGGUCAGACCAACAGGCUACAUGACCGUAUUGUUUUCACACGGCCGAAAAAUGGAGAGAGUGUUCUAGAAGAGCAUCAACAUCAUGCUGAGGCGGGCUGGGUGUACCAGAGGCUAUCCCCUUGACAAGGACGGUUAGGGGAAAUGGACUAAAGAGCAGGCUGGAGAUUGGGGCUAGCGUACAACUCACUCAUGAUGUCAACAUCAUCAAUCAAACCACCAUUAUUUCAAUACAUGAGGAACAUUUUGAUGUUGAAUAACUAAGUGCUAUAUGAUGUGUAUCUUAUUAAGCCAUAAUUUGCUGUUCUGUUCAAUUGGUAUUGUUUUAUACCAAAUAAAGGAGACAUUUUCUGGUUGGUUA